UAUAUAUAUACGUGCAUCGAUCCAUUGUAGUAAGCAUUAAGCAACACCAGCUAGCCAUGGCUUCUUCCCUUAUUGCUUCAUGCACGGUGCUCUCCACCACCAACCCCCGCCACCGCAUUGCAUCCACCAAUAAUAUUGCAAGGCGGAGCCGCCGCUUCCACGUCUCAUGCAACGCCGCCGACGACAAAGAAGGGAGGGUGGACCGCAGAAACAUGCUCCUCGGCCUCGGCGGCCUCUACGGCGCCACCAACCUCAUCCUCCCCGACCUCAACGCCUACGCCGACCCCAUCCAGCCUCCGGAGUUCAAGUCCUGCGGCGCCGCCCACGAGUUUAAAACCGGAGACCCCCUCGACGUCAACUGCUGCCCCCCGGUCUCCAUUGCCGACAUCGUGGACUACAAGCUGCCGACGGUGACCAAGCUGCGGCGCCGGCAGCCGGCUCACCGGUUGAGCCAGAGCAACAUAGCCAAGUAUGAGGAGGCGAUGCGGCUAAUGAGGGAGCUGGACGUGACGGACCCCGACGACCCCCGCGGGUUCACGCAGCAGGCCAACAUCCACUGCGCCUACUGCAACGGCGCCCACGACCAGCUCGGCUUCCCCGGCCUCGACCUCUCGGUCCACUACUCCUGGAUCUUCUUCCCCUUCCACCGCUGGUACCUCUACUUCUACGAGCGGAUUUUGGGGAGCUUAAUCGGAGACCCUGAUUUCGCGCUGCCCUUCUGGAAUUGGGAUAACCCUAAGGGAAUGCAGCUGCCAGCGAUUUUCGAUAACCCUGAUUCGCCGCUCUACGACGCCAAUCGCAACCAGGACCACCGCCCCCCGGCCAUCGCCAACCUCGCCCGCAGCGACAUCACCGACCCUGUCCAGACCAUCUCGGAGAAUCUGGCCGUCAUGUACAACGAAAUGAUCGGCGGCGUGAACUCCGCCACCGACUUCAUGGGGCAGCCCUACAAGGCCGGGGACGAGGUACCGGAAACAGGGAUGGGCGGGACCUCGGAGCGUGGGUCCCACAUCAGCAUCCACGCGUGGGUGGGGGACCCACGCAACCAGUACAAUGAGGACCUCGGAAACUUCUACUCCGCCGGCCGCGACACCGCCUUCUACGCCCACCACUCCAACGUCGAUAGGAUGUGGACGAUUUGGCAAAAGAUCAAAUCCGAUUACCCGAAGACGAUCAGCGAUACGGAUUACUUAAACGCCUCCUUCUUAUUCUACGACGAGAACAAGCGCCUCGUGCGCGUGGCCGCCGGCGACUGCACCGACAACACGGCGCUCGGGUACGAGUACGAGAAGGUCGACAUCCCCUGGCUCAAUUACCGCCCCUUGAAGAACGCGGAGCCGGUGAAGACCAAGGACAUCGCCAGAGGGGCGCUCGGAUCGGAAAAGGUGUUCCCGGUCAGCCUGACGAAGACGGUUAGGGUUUUGGUGCCGAAGCCGAGCAAGGGCAACGCCGACGAUCUGCUGGUUUUGGAGGGGAUACAGACCGAUUCCACGAAGCCGGUGAAGUUCGAUGUGUUCGUCAACGACGAGGCCGACGAGCCCAAUGAGCUGGACAAGCCGGAGUAUGCCGGGACCUACGCGCAGCUGCCGCACCGGGUUCACUCCGGCAAGGGCAAAGGCUCGCUCAGGCUCAUCUUGAAGGAGCUCUACGAGAACAUUGACAUCGGCGACCAGGAUUCCGUGGUGGUCACCAUCGUACCCAGGAUCAACGGCAAGGAUGUCACCAUUGGUGGUGUCAAGAUCGUCCCAGCGCAGCGUUGAUCAACUCAUCAUAUCAACAACCUUUCAUUUGUCGACAAUAAAAUCGCAUGUUCCAAUUCCUCCAAUGUGUGUGUGUGUGUGAGAGGGGAAGCAAUGUGUGUAGUGUGUUUGUUUAAUAUUGUUCGGAAGUUUUUCUUCUGCAUGUGAAGCAUAUAUGUUAUGUUCAGUCCUGCAAUAAUAUUCUCUGUUGAGAUGUUCUCUAAAUUAGCUUAGCUCAAAUCACAAUUGAGCAAAUUUGUGCAAACCACACCAUAAUUAUAAAAUUAUAUGUAACAAAGAGAAA